AUGGUUGGAAGAAAAAUUCUCUUGAUUGUGGAUAAUUGCCCUACUCAUCCAAAAAUUAUUGAAGGAAAUGUUGAAUUAUUUUUUUUGCCACCAAACACAACUUCAAAAAUUCAACCUGGUGACGCGGGGAUCAUACGAGCUUUUAAGAUGCAUUAUCGUCGUCGAUUUUAUAGAAGUCUUUUGGAGGGUUAUGAAUUAGGGGUUUCAAAUCCAGCAAAAAUAAAUGUAUUAGAUGCAAUGAAUCUUGCAAUUUCAGCAUGGACUAUGGAUGUUCGUGCAAAUACAAUUGCGAACUGCUUUCGUCAUUGUAAACUUCGAUCAACAGAUAACAUGAGUUUUGAGAACUCAGAUGAAGGUGGUGAAACCACUCAAGAACUCCAGAAUUUGAUCAAAGAGUUGGGUUAUCGCAAUGCAAUGGAUGUCGAAGAUGUUCUGACUCACCCAGAAGAAAAUGUAGUUGCACAGUUGUUGACUGAUGACGAAAUUAUUGAAAGCGUUAUUGGAAUUAAUAAAGAUGAUAUCGAUGAAGAAGAUGAUGAAAGUUCUACAAUGAAGCCCCCUUCGAAUUCACGAAAAAAGCGGUAA